CUUUAAAAAACAGAACUCUUCAACACAUGAGAAACUUCUUUCCAUGAAAUAUCAAGAUGGCGAAAACACAAAUAACAUUGGAACAACUAGAAACUUUAAUUAGCAAGGGAGUACCGCAAAGGAAAUAUGACAAUGACAUGUCUAAACUCACUGCAACUCUGUUUGGAAUCGCCGGAAGUAUGGCGGCUGAAGAUACCGAUCAUGGAAACGGAGAGCCUUCUGCACUAAAAAAGCUUUUGCUUCAGUUCGAUAAAGAAGGCGGCGUUGGAAGGCUGGAAAUAGAGAUGUUUCUGAACGAACUGGGAAAUUAUCCCACCGAUGAAGAACUUAACGCAAAGAUCGAUAAAUAUGACGGAGAUGACAACGGUAUUUUGGAAUUGAAUGAGUUCAUGAUGUUUUUGUUAAAUGAACUCCAAAUAAAUGAUACUGAAGAAGAAAUUAUCGAAGCGUUCAAGGUUUUUGAUAAAGAUGGAAAUGGUUUCAUUGAUGCUGCUGAAAUUAGAAGGGUGAUGACAAAUUUGGGUGACAAACUCUCUGAUGAUGAAGUGGAUAUUAUGAUUCGGAAAUCUGAUUUGGAUGGUGAUGGACAAGUUAAUUACGAAGAGUUUGUAAAGAUCAUCAUGGCAAAGAUCCGAGCACAAGAGCACCUAACCCAUCGUUAGAUGGAGCCGACGUUAAGAAAUAAAUAACAAAUCCAGUGUUGUUUUAGAUUUGACACUCAUAAAGUCAUUCUGUAUUGUUCAGACACAUAACUUGGUGUCCGUCCACAAUUGAUACCACAAAAGCACAAAAGUUGGAAAGUGUAUAUAGUGUAUAAAAAUUCUUCUUUUACGGUUUUUAUUUCUAGUCUAGUUAGUGAAAAAAAGAAAUGUCGUCUUGUAAUAAAUUUGGUCCA